UUACACCCUGUAUGUAUAUAUGUCCAUUUGAUCUUCUUAGGACUCCUUUCAGAAUCCCUCCUAUGCGAUUCAAUAACUUUGUUGCUAAUAGGCUGAUAUAUCAAUUUAUUAUUGAACUACCCUAACUUCCUCGAUUUCCAGCAAAUUUUUUACUUGUAGGUUAACUUCCACGCAUAUGAAAUUUUUCUUCCUUGGAAAAUGAAACGAAACGUGUCGAAUCAUUCCCAUCGUGAUGAAAAGUUGAGAUUAUCACGCAAUGGAAAUUACGAGGCUGGUCUACGAAGAACAGAAGAAGAACGAUUACGGCGUAGGCGCGAAUGGAUGAUAGAACAACAAAGGCUACGAGAACAUGAAAAGUUGAAGGAGAAGAAGAUUUUAGAAUAUGAAAUACGUCGUGCUCUUGAGAAAGGUUUACCGCUGCCCAGAGGAAGAUUUUCACGUCACAGCCGCAGUAAGAGUAAAAGCAAAUCCACGGAAAAUCGACAUAGAACUGUUACAUCAAAUACAUCUAAUACAUCUAUAUUAUCCAAAAAGUAAAUUAGAACCAUCAGAUGGUACAACACCUUUAUUUAAAGGACCAGAAGGCACACAGGUUAGCGCUGCAGAACUACGAAGAAUUAAAGUAGAUAUUCACAGGAAUGUACCAGGCAAAGCGACAACUGAUGAUCUCCAACGAGAUAUUAUCAAUCCUGAAGAUGUUCUGGUCAAAAGAAGAGAGGGAGAAGGAUCAAAACCUAUAUUUGAAAGAGAAGAAAUAAAAGGUACAACAGUCAAAACAGAUGAAAUUGUGGAACGUCGCACAGUUGUUGUUUUAAAUAAUGAAAAUUUAGAAAGCAAGUCGAAAGUGAAUAAAAAAUAUACUACUUCUUCAAGAAAUCGAAGCCCCAGUCCUCGACAUAGAUCGUCCCGCCAUGCCAGGUAUGAGGAUUCAAAAUAUGAUAACAGAGACAGUUAUAGAAGUGAUAGAGGAAGAAAUCACAGUAGAGAUAGAAGUAGAGAGUAUAAAGAAACAGUCAAACGACAUAGUCAAUUAAACACUGCAGAGGAAGAGCAUCUGCGUGAAAGAAAAGGUCAUAGGGAUCAUUCACGUUCAAGGGAACGAGAACAAAGAGCAUGGGUCAGAGAUUCUAAUCAUAGGUCAUCCAAAGAUGAAAGAUCUUAUCGAGAAAGAUCAAGAGAACGGUCCCGAGAAAGGAGAGAAAGAGAUAGGUCUAGAGAACAUAGGAUACCUCCAUCGCAUUAUAUCGAGCAGAUUCCUGUUCCUGUUUAUUAUGGAGAUUUUCCUCCGAGACCAAUAAUGGUUGGACCCUUGGUUCCAAUUCGAGGUCAAGUACCACCUUUGGGAGGAACUAGGCAUAUGAUGGGUCCAUUAAGACCAUUUCCACCACGAUUUAUUCCGCCAGAUAUGUAUAGAUUACGUCCGCCUCUAAAUCCUAGAUUUAGGCCAAUGUAUUAAUAGACUGGAUGAGGAAUGAAGAGAGGAUGGUCGGUCCCAGGGCUACCUCUCUUUCGAUGAGUGCGACCGGGGACCAAUUAAAAGAGUUGGAAGGGAAUGGUGCCGAUAGGAUACUUCAAGGGACAAUAGUUCACCCGCACUCUGGGAGAAGUGUUAGAAUGGCUGAUUCUCGUAAGAAGAUAGGGCAGGAUGAGGGAAGAAUGAUGUCGUGGAAGAUAGAGCCUGGACGCAGAAGAGAUCGGGAGGCGGAGGAAGGAUCGUCCGCUGACAAGGGAAGAGGACCAAUAAUCGGACUCCGAGACGUGAGAGGGCUGAUGAAGAGUCUCGAAAUAUUAACUCUUAAUAUAGAUAGAAUGAUAAGGAGAGUUACAACAUUGAGCAAGGGGGAUUCCACGCUUAAGAAAUUAAGCUGCGAGAACAUGCAAGUGAUUAAAAAAGUGAGGGAGUGAGUGAGACGGCCUACCGUACAGUGUUCUAUGCAGCACUGUGCGUGCUUAUGGGCAUUAUGCCCAUUUAUUUCACAGUGGAGCUUCGGGCCGAAUAAUAUCGUAUUAAAAAGGAGGAUCAGCAGGUGUAGUACAACACCCGCUCUAAAGCUGGGGCAUCCUCGGUCUAUUAAGAGAGGAUUAUGGCACUGGAGGAGCGUAUCAUGGAGAAAUGGAAGGCGAUUUUACAGAAAAGACAAUUGGACGAAGCGAGCGGUAGCGAAUGCUAGAUAUUUAUUUAGAAGAUAUAGGAUGAAUAUUGAUCACUUCACCAUGUAGAUCCUGACAGGGCAUGGAAUUUUUAAUAGCUAUCGAAAAAUGAUUAAUAAGGAGGACCACUGCAGAUGUUGGGACUGCAAUGCUGAAGGCGAUGACGCUGAACAUGCGCUUUCCCACUGCCCAAGAUGGAUACGUGAGAGGACGGAACUAGAAAAUUACGUCGGCACACCACUAACAACGGAGAAUUUAAUGGAGCUAGUGGUGAAGAAGGAAGACAACUGAGCAAGGUUUCAGGCGUUGUGCAGAAAAAUUAUGCUAACAAGAAUGACGCAGAAGAAAUUCGAGGAGAGGAGGAGAACUAGAGAAACAAGAAGAAGAAAUGGGACUCAAGUAUGAGGGAGCGGUGCGUAGCUAAGUCCAACCCUAAAGUAUUGCCGUAAGGCAGUUCCGGGGUUGAUGCUUGCACAGAAGAGGAGCGGAGAGAGGAGGGGUUCUUAGUGGGUACGGCAACGCCAUCGGCCGAGUCCCACAUAAUCCAUUCUGGAUUAACUUAAGAGCAUUAGCACUGAGUACUUAAUAGCAUUACCUCCUCGAUUAAAAAAAAAAGACCAAUGUAUUAAUGGAAGGUGUAAGAUGAAUAAAAAAUUAAUGUUUUAUUGUACAAUACGUGAACAUACAGUACUUGCCGCGCCAUAUAUUAGACAUUGUACAAAGAUUAAACAUUCUUCAAGAUAUUGUAGUGAAGUAGAUUAUGUUUAAUUCAAGAUACUGUUAUGAAUAUAUGAGGUAUACAAGUGUUAUAUAUUUUUUUAAUCGCUAUAUUAUAUUAUAAGAAUCUUUUAUGAUCUAAAUUAGGAACUGUAUAAAUUCGUUCAUUCAAACACUGUAAUAUAUAAAACUUGAUGCUUGAUAGGUUUUACAAUCUCGAUACAUUGUAAACACUAUUACACUGUUUAUACAAUCGCUUUUUAAGCUAAAAAUCAUAAAGACAAAGAAUACUUAUUUUUAAUCAUUGAUUUUUGGAACACAUUAUUAUGUAAUAUAUACAUUUUUAAGUAUAUUUAAUAUUUUAAUAUAGCUUCCAAAAUCUUAUUAAAAUGUUUGAUGUAUUUGUAUGUGAAACUUGCUCAUAUAUUUUUAGGUGGUAAUAAUAAUGUUGUGUACAAAUUGUAUCAAUUGAUAAUAAAUUGUGAAUUAUUAAAUUUAAGUAAUAUGUUUA